GCUGCGGCUGCGGCUGCGGCGAGGCGAGGCGGGCCCGGGGGGCCUGAGAGCGGCGGGGUCCCGGACCCCGCCUUCGUGCCCAGCGCCAUGUCCUGGAUGUUCAGGAGGACGGACGCUCCCCAGGUGUUCUUUAAAGUGGAUCCUCUUUGGAAAUAUCUGCAGUCUUUCCAGUAUGGAGUGCAUGGAAGUUUUUCACACUGCACCUUUCCCAAUUUAUUUUCUCCUUUUGACCCUGAAGACAUUGUCCCUCCAGAUGACUUUGUAGCUGGUGAUGAAGAUCUAGAUUCGGUUUUGUUUGGAACUUUGCGAGGUCAUGUGGUUGGAUUACGAUAUUACACAGGAGUAGUUAAUAAUAAUGAAAUGGUGGCACUUCAAAGAGAACCUAAUAAUCCAUAUGACAAGAAUGCAGUGAAAGUAAAUAAUGUCAAUGGAAAUCAGGUGGGUCACAUAAAGAAAGAACUUGCAGCCCCUUUGGCCUACAUCAUGGACAACAAACUGGCCCAAGUUGAAGGGGUGGUCCAUUAUGGAGCAAGCAAUGCUUUUACUAUGCCUGUUCAGAUGAGUUUUUGGGGGAAAGAAGAAAAUAGAAAAGCAGUUUUAGAUCAGUUGAAGAAACAUGGAUUUAAGUUGGGGCCUCCACCAAAAAGUUCAGGAUUUAAUUUUGAUAGUGCUUGGAAUUCUGAACGAGCUGGACCAAGUUAUAGUGUACCUAUUCAUGCGGCUGUGCAAAUGACAACUGAACAGCUCAAAACAGAAUUUGAUAAAUUGUUUGAAGACUUAAAAGAAGAUGAUAAAACUCGUGAAAUGGAACCAGCUGAGGCUAUUGAAACACCAUUACUUCCACACCAGAAACAAGCAUUGGCUUGGAUGGUUUCACGUGAAAACAGCAAAGAGCUACCUCCAUUUUGGGAACAAAGAAAUAACUCCUACUAUAACACAAUUACCAAUUUUUCUGAAAAGGAGCCACCAGAGAAUGUUCUUGGAGGAAUAUUAGCUGAUGAUAUGGGUUUGGGCAAAACUCUUGCAGCCAUUGCAGUAAUCCUAACCAACUUCUAUGAUGGCAAGCCUCUUCCUGUUGAAAAAACUAAUCAGUUGAAAGAGGAACAUAUUAUUGAUAAAUCUGCAAAACAAGGAGAAAAUGAUGACAAUGAACAAGUGAAGGAACUGUGUAAAGAAUUUACUGCUGGUGAAGAGCCCAGUGUUUCAAAUGUCAAGGAAGAAAGUAAAGAUUUCAAGUCAGAAUUUGCAAGUACCCGUCCCAAAAGAAGAAAAGCCACUGUUAAGUAUACUGAAAGCAGUGACUCAGAAGAGGUGGAGUUAAAUGAAUUACCACAUAAAAUAAAAGCCAGACCAAGACAGGAACAGCCUGUGACUAAAGGCAGAAUUAAAAGAUUUUCUAAGACCAAAGAAGAUGCAGACUUUGCAUGUGCACUUGAGCCAUCUGCCCCUCUGGUAAAAAAGAAAGCCAUGAAAAAAGGAGCUACCAUAGUACAGUGCUCUAAGAAAAUUGACAAUGAAGCGAAACCAAGAGCAACGUUGAUCAUCUGUCCUCUUUCUGUUUUAAGCAAUUGGAUUGACCAGUUUGGACAACAUAUAAAAUCAGAUGUGCACUUGAAUUUGUAUGUUUACUAUGGCCCUGAUCGCAGCAAAGACCCUGCCUUGCUUUCAAAACAGGAUAUUGUUUUGACUACGUAUAAUAUUUUGACUUAUGAUUAUGGAAGCAGAGGGGAUAGUCCGUUACACAAAAUAAGGUGGCUGAGAGUCAUUCUGGAUGAAGGUCAUACCAUACGGAAUCCAAAUGCUCAACAAACAAAAGCUGCACUAGAUCUGGAGGCUGAAAGACGAUGGGUGCUGACAGGUACUCCAAUCCAGAAUUCAUUAAAGGAUUUGUGGUCACUGCUUUCCUUUUUAAAACUGAAGCCAUUUACUGAUAGAGAAUGGUGGCACCGAACAAUCCAGCGUCCUGUCACGAUGGGAGAUGAGGGGGGACUUCGGCGUUUACAAUCCCUAAUUAAAAAUAUUACCCUUAGAAGGACAAAAACAAGCAAAAUUAAAGGCAGGCCUGUUUUGGAGUUACCAGAGCGUAAAGUAUUUAUUCAGCACAUCACCCUUACUGACGAAGAGAGACAGAUUUACCAGUCUGUAAAGAAUGAAGGCAGAGCUGCAAUCGGCAGGUAUUUUAAUGAAGGCACUGUGCUUGCACACUAUGCAGAUGUCUUGGGCCUUUUGCUCAGACUGAGACAAUUAUGUUGUCAUCCUCAUCUCUUUACAAAUACAGCAUCUUCCAGUGGUCCCUCAGGAGAUGAUACACCUGAAGAACUACGAAAGAAGUUGAUUAGCAAGAUGAAGUUAAUUCUGAGCUCUGGCUCAGAUGAAGAGUGUGCGAUUUGCUUGGAUUCUCUAAAUAUUCCUGUGAUAACACACUGUGCACAUGUAUUUUGUAAACCAUGCAUUUGUCAAGUAAUUCAGAAUGAGCGGCCAAAUGCAAAAUGCCCUUUAUGCAGAAAUGACCUACGAGCAGAAAAUUUGGUAGAAUGCCCUCCAGAAGAAUUGAACUGUAGUGCUGAGAAAAAGACUGAUCUGGAAUGGAUGUCCAGUUCAAAGAUCAAUGCUCUAAUGCAUGCUUUGAUUGACUUAAGAAAGAAGAACCCCCAAAUCAAAAGUUUAGUUGUUUCACAAUUCACAACUUUCCUGUCUUUAUUAGAAACACCACUUAAAGCAUCUGGGUUUGUGUUUACUCGUUUGGAUGGCUCCAUGGCCCAGAAGAAGAGAGUUGAAUCAAUUCAGUGUUUCCAGAAAACCGAAGCAGGAUCUCCCACAAUAAUGCUUCUUUCUCUAAAAGCUGGUGGAGUUGGUUUGAAUCUCUGUGCAGCCUCUCGAGUAUUUUUAAUGGAUCCAGCCUGGAAUCCUGCUGCUGAAGAUCAGUGCUUUGACAGAUGUCACAGACUUGGCCAGAAGCAGGAAGUGGUCAUCACAAAGUUCAUUGUGAAGGACUCUGUGGAAGAAAAUAUGCUGAAAAUACAGAACAAAAAGAGGGAACUUGCUGCAGGAGCCUUUGGAACCAAAAAGCCUAAUGCUAGUGAGAUGAAACAAGCUAAAAUUAAUGAAAUCAAAACUUUAAUUGAUUUGUAAUUUGUAUGGUGUUAGGCCAGGUGAGUUUAACUGGUCAAAUACAGAUUUACAAAAUCUUUGGAAGAGGUAAUUUGGAGCCUGCGAUUUGUAUCUUUCUUAAAAAGGUACAGAACAACUUUAUUAGUGACAAGAUAAUUGACAUGUUAUCUCUUCUGAAUCUGAACUUGUUCUUAAUGAUAGUUCAAAUAGCAAUAAGUACUACUGUGUACAGUGACCUAAAAUAAUUUUAUGGGAGACAAUUACUUUAGUAUUCUACUUUCAUAAUACCUGUCCUAAGUAUUCUUAAACUAAUUCUCACCAGGUACACAGCCUUUUCACUUUUGACAGAAUGUCAAGCCUUUUACACUUCUUGAGCAAAUAAGUUGUUUUCUAUGUUGAUCUAUGUUGACCUCUUAUUGUUAUUCACUCCAGUCUCCUCAUUGUGCUUUCUUUUUUUUUUUUGAAAUAGAUUCAAAUAAUCUCUCUAAAUUUAAUUCCCAAGAUUGAAAUAUACACAGAAGGUGCAGUGAAUUGAUUCAUUGGUACUUUAUUCAGAGCCAAAUUGUAUGAGAGGCCAAAGUGUUGGGUCAACAACUUAAUUGUGUGUAGUUAAAAAAAAUUUAGAAACUGUGUUAUAGCAGUACAUUCCCCAUUAUAGUCAAGUAGCACUACAUGAAGUGUUUAAAAUGUUAUCUUGGUACUUAGGUCGUACAUACAGGGAGAAAAAUCAUUCCACCUUAUUUGAUUUGACAGUUUAAAUUAUGGAAAUGCUAAAAAUAGACAUUCCUGUAAGUAGAUAGUUUUCACUCAUGAAGCUUUUUUGAAAAAUAACUUUGUAAACUUUUCUAAUUCUGAAGUCUGCUUGAUGUAACAUUGCAAUAUGUUUGGGUGUAUGGUUGAACUAGAUGGCCUGACCUAAUAAGGUCCAUUCACCUUUAAGGUUCUGUGAUUCUAUUACAUCUUGGUCCUGAUUCCUCAUAAAUCUCUUGUGCAUGUUCAUAACAUCAGAACAUUUGGAACUUUUAAGAAUUCAUUCUCAUAUGCCCAUAGAAACCCAGUCAUCUUUAUUACUUUAUGUUAAUAAGAAAACUAUUAAUGGUUGUCACAGAAUUCUGGAUGGUCCUCUGAGUGCUAUUUUAAAAUACACACACACACACACACACACACACACACACACACACACACACACACACACACACAUAUAUGAAAUUCAGUGAUCAGGUUUAGAUAGUCAGUGUUACUUCCAUAUGGAAAUAGUUUAGAGAAUGUACUUUUUUUUUUAAUGAGAAGAUGCAUUAAUUACCGUGAUGAAAAAGGAUUCAUUUUUGGUACAGAUGUAAAAGCACCUUAGAUUUUACUUAUAGUAUUUGGUGUCACCUGACUGAAAAGCAAGGAAGAUUACUGGCAGUUUAAAGUUGUGGCAUAUAUGUUUUAAGGUUGAGUAAAUCUUCCCUAAAACCUAAAUUUAGAAUUGACUCAUGUCAGGUAUGCUGGCAGCUAAGCUUGCAUUAUCCUGUGUAGUUUCUUCUACCAUUGUUAAAAGCAUUUGGUUCAUAUCAGAUGAAACUAGGAGCUUCAUGGCAUGUCUCCCUGGGUCAGGGAAUGGGAGUUAGAGGCUGUAUCCAUAACCUUCAGGAGCUGCUUAAGAGGCAGACUUGGGGAAAGCUCUACUGAUCUUUGGCCAUGGAAGCUUUGGGCAGUUAGAAACAUAGCUCAGAACCUGAAUUUUCCUACAGAACAAAAUUGGAUUGACUUGUACAACUCCUUCUCCCUCCUAGUUUCUGUAAAGUUAAGGACUCCCUUGUCUCCUUUCCCAAACAUUUGCUGAGUUUCUUUUCCCUCAUUUCCAAUAUUUAUUUUGGUGAGUUCUUUCAAAAGUACAAAUAUUUCCUUAAUGUAUUGUUAAAGAAAAUAUGCAAACUACUUUGAAAUUUGGGGAUGGAUACUGGAAUUUUAACUUAAGUUAGUGCUGUGUUAUGAGCCAGUUUGAGUUUCUGUGAUUCAGAAGAAGCUCACUGUGAACAGUUUUGUUGUAAAAGGUAGAUGCUAUGCCCUAUGCAUUUGUAAUCUGGAUUGGAUUUCUGUGUUACAUUUAAAAUCAAUAAAAAUGUUAGAAUUAA